AUGGCGUCUUCCUCCAUCCUGAGAGCAGCGGCGGAGAGAAUCGCCCCUUCCGCCCGGCGGCAGGCCCUCACCCUCACGGACGCCGCCGCAGACAGGAUCCGCCAACUGCUUGGCCUCCGGCAGCGGAGCUUUCUCAAGCUCGGGGUCAAGGCCCGAGGCUGCAACGGCUUAUCCUAUACCCUAAACUACGCAGGUUCGUUGGUUUCUCGAUUCCCCAGACCUUCUCCUCUUUGAUUUCGGGCCUUUGCAUUUGGUCAUUGUUUUACUCGCGGGAUUUAGGAAAUAUUCUGUCUCAGUUCACGGGAAUUGAUUCCGCGUGAGAUUAUUUCUUAUUUCCUUAGAGGGAGACUCUAGCAAGGGUUCAUCCAAACGUUUCAUCUGAUUUUUGAAUUUUUUGAUUGGAAUCAGAAAAUCAUGGGCUAGAAGGUUCCGUGAUUUUAGCCCCUUAUAUUCUUUUGACGUGUUUUUGAAUUUCGCAGAAUGGAUGAAUAAUUAUAAACCGGCCGCAUGAUUUUUCUCCCUCUUUGUGGGAAAAUAUAUAAUUCUGGCAUCUCGUGCGUGGGUGAAGAGCCAAAGUGCUCCUUUAAGAAAUCAUGGGGAAUUACAGCUCUAGUUUCAAUAAAUGAAGGAGUUGAAAAUGUGAUCAGGCACUUUCCCCAUUGGUAAGUCAUUGUUGGCAAGUAGACAGGACAUAAUGUUUCAGAAACGUGAAGAGAUCAUACAUCUAACGAUGAUUAGAAAUAUUUUCUAAAUGGAGGCAUAGAGAGUCAUAUGGAAUUGCUUGAUUAUGAACGAAGGGUCAAAUGCGAAUUCAUGCGGCCGGUCAGAACUUUCAUGAGAACCUAAAAAGUCUGUGUGUGUAUAUAUCUAUGCUUGCAUGUGUGUGUGUGUGUGUGUGUGUGUGUGUGUGUGUUUGUGAUUUCUUGUAUUGGUUGAAUGGGAUCUAUCAGCCACUGUUCUCAGAUAUGUUUAAAUCAAAGACCAGAGAGCAUUUUUCUUUGCCAUAUAUAGCUCAGCCGGAUUUGUGGAGAAAAGAUGCUCAAAAAAUGUUUUGUUUGUAUGCAAUUUUUUGCUAGGUUUCAUGCUUAAGUGGAAUUAAUGAUGUCAAGAUCCUCAGGAAUGAAUGCUUAGACAGAUAUUCCCGCAGAUCAGCUACUCCCUUGGUUACUCUGUUGAGUUUUCUUCCUAAGCACCUCUAGGAGGGUGUGUAGGUGUUGGGCAUUAAGAUUUAUGCUUCCUUCUUCUCUCAUAUAAUUCAUUUUCUCUCACACACAGAUUGAAUCUCUGACCCACUGUUUACUUUCUAAAGCAGAGAAAACAAUGUAAUUCUCGUACAAUCGACAUUUUUCGUUCUUAAUGAUGGUUUUUUUCCGGCUCCCUUAUGUAAUCCUCUUCUUUGCACCCCGAUCCUUGGUAUUUCCAAUAACCUAUAAACUGGCAAUGAUCCACACCUGAUCUAGCCUUUGAUGCUGACCCUUCUUCAGAUGAGAAGGGGAAAUUCGAUGAGCUGGUUGAGGACAAAGGUGUCAAAAUACUCAUUGAUCCCAAGGCUCUCAUGCACGUUGUUGGGACCAAAAUGGACUUCGUGGACGACACGCUCAGGUAGGUGACCCUACGAGUGAACUAAUCAGAAUGGAUUUUCCCCCGAAUGCAUAGCUUUCCCACGACGAUGUGGGCAUCUUCAUUUCUGAUCGUUGGUCCUUUCAUUUUAGGUCCGAGUUCAUAUUUAUCAACCCUAACUCGAAAGGCCAAUGCGGCUGUGGAGAGUCAUUUAUGACGUCAGGCAGUCAACCAAUGGCUGCCGGUGACUAG